GUUACAGAAAAGAGCACCAACUGUUCUGUGGAAGCUGCUUAUGAAACAUUUAUGUGUCUUGUGCGUCUGCGCGACUUUGGAGAAAAAGUAGACCAGCUCGAUAUGGAUAAGAAAAAUGAACUGAGGGAGUUUGAGAGAUCUUGUGAUUCUCUAAACACUUGCUUCUCUAGUCUCCGAUGCCGGCCAAAAUCCAAUGUGAAUGUGACAAGAUGAAUUGCUUCGUAUUGUUGAAAAAUAUUGCGAUGCUGUUGUGUACAUCUACGAGGAUUUUUCCAAAUGUAGUGACAAGCUCACCGAAAAAAAGUCAGAGUGUUUCGACAACUGGGACCCUCUUCCAAAUGGGAUUCAUACAGAAGAGGACGCAAAGAAGAUUCAGAAAAUGAGAGAAGAAGCAUGUAAGACAUAUUUCGGAAAAGAUGACUGCUUGAAGAAAGAGAUUACGGAAACAUGCGGUCAAAAAGAAUGGAAAAAAUUUCGUGAGCAUUUUGUCAAUCUUUCCUACCAAAUUGUUAGCAAAUGUGACUUCAGCCGAUUUGGAUGAGCAUGUGGAUUUUGUAAAAAAUGAACAAAUUAGUUUUGAUCAAACCCGGGAAAAUUGUAUUAACUAUUAACUACAAAGAAAAAAUAUGUUUCAGAAACUUGAAUUUGAGUUAACCUUCUCUUUGGAAGAAAAGUAUUAAAUUCCGAUUUGAUGAGAAAUUGAAAAAAUUGUAAUUGUAAAAAUAAAGGUAUGAUGAAGAAACAUGAGCCUCUUAUCUUUUUCAUCACAGCCUGGUUGUUUGAAACUACGUAACUGUACUAGUUGUUUGAUUUGUUUUUAAUUUAGUCUGUCUUCCGAGGGGCAUGCGGAAAUUAAUAUGGUUCUCUUAAAAACAAAUGGAGCUAUAGCUAUGUGUGCUCAUUCGUAUUUAUGUCUCACUUAGGUUAUUACGUUUUCAAUUUCUUUUCUUUUUUUUUCAGUUUAGAAAUUUUAAUUUUUUGAAUCUAACACAAAUUUCUCAAGUUUAGCAUGAAUAUAAGAUGGGCUCAUCGAUAUAUUCCCGCGGCAUUUGGAUAUUUGUCAUUCGUUUUAAAUCCCAUACUUGGCUACCUAAUUCUCACCGAGCCAAAAUCCGCAACAAUUGGAAAGUAUCGAUACUUAAUUUUGUUCUUUGCGGUGUUUGACAUGGUCUACUCAACAGUAGAGUUACUGGUACCACUGGGAAUGCAUGGAACUGGUUCAGCUUUUGUCACGUAUCUCGCUCAUGGACCAUUUUUUGGAAAAGAUACUAUUCGCCUUGCCCAGUUUGCAAUUUCUGUCAGAUGUGGUUUCAUUGCAUUGUCAUAUGGCAUUCUCAUCAUUCACUUCAUUUACCGCUACAUCGCUCUUUUCAGGCCUCAAUUAAUUGAUGACGUGUUCCGGCCGAUGGGAAUAUGUUGCAUGAUGACAUUUUUCCUGGCCCACGGAGUUGCAUGGACUGCCGUUUGCGAGCUGUGUCUGUACGCAAAUGAUGAAAUCAGGGACUACAUUCGAACGACUUUCAGAGAUGAGUAUGACGUCGACUCAUAUGACAUUGCUUUCGUGGCUGCACUUUACAUUGAUGGAAGCAAUGAAACAAAAAACAAAAGUUGGGCUGGGAUCUUUCUUCUUUUCAGCAUUUCUUCGUUCGCUGUUUCGUUUUAUUUAAUUCUGGGAAGAAAGAUCGUUGUCAAACUGAGAACUCAUACUGCACUCUCUCAACAAACUCGAAACAUGCACAGGCAGCUCUUCCUAGUUUUGGCAUUUCAAACAAUCAUCCCAGUUUGCAUCUGUUUUUCUCCUUGUAUGAUGGCGUGGAUUGGCCCAAUGUUCUACUUGGAUUUUGGAAUGUGGGACAACUACUUUGGGGUCAUCGCGUUUUCAGCUUUCCCAUUCUUGGACCCUCUUGCUAUAAUCUGCCUGCUUCCGAACUACAGAACUCGUAUAACCGGUGCAUCCGUUUUCACAUCAGUUUCUCCAGUGAUGCCAAUCAGUACUGUUCCACCUGUUUUAAAUUAACAAACAUACAUAUAUUUUUACAUAUCCGAAUAAAUAGCUUCUUAUAU